CAAGGUAAGGUAAGAAAAAAUUCGGUAAACAAGUUCGGCGCAUGAGUUGGCUAACACUGCGACUGCGGCUCCAAGUCCAAUUCGGAUGCUGAUGAUGUUGUAAUCUUAAAACUGGCAGCGUCGUGCUUCAGGCAAAUCAGUCUGACUUCAAGAGCCAACGCAAUGGCAAUCGUUGGGACGCGGACCUUGCUGCUGCUCUUGAUCCACUGCAGCUGGAGUGGGGCACGUAACUCGCAGAGCCUGCACGUGCGCCUAUCGCACGGCGGCUGGCUCAUCGGCCGCCACCUGACCACGCACAAUGGCCGCCACAUGAGAGCCUUCAUGGGGGUCCCGUAUGCGGUGCCACCGUUGGGCGAACUGCGGUUCAAGGCACCGGUGGCCGAGCUGGGCUGGGAGGGCGAGCGGCUGGCGGUAAAGGAUGCGCCCAUUUGCAUGCAGCGGGAUCCCUUCCGGCGCGACAUGCAAAUCGAAGGAUCCGAGGACUGUCUCUAUCUGAAUGUAUACACACCGGAGACGAUCAGCUCUAAGAACACGUCGCUGCCCGUGAUGGUCUGGUUCCAUGGUGGCGGCUGGCAGUGUGGCGCGGGAAUUAGCAGCUUCUAUGGGCCGGACUUCCUGCUGGACCACGACAUCGUCCUGGUGUCCGCCAACUUUCGUCUGGGACCGCUGGGCUUUCUCAGCACGGAGACCCUGGACUGCCCAGGAAACAAUGGACUCAAAGAUCAGCUGGAAGUGUUGCGCUGGGUGCGCACCAACAUCGCCUCUUUUGGCGGCAAUCCCCACAGUGUCACCGUCUUUGGAGAGAGCGCCGGAGGGGCAAGCGUCACCUAUCACAUGCUGUCGGAGAAGUCUCGCGGCCUGCUCCAUCGCGGCAUUGCCCAGUCAGGUACCUACUUCAAUCCCUGGGCACAGCCCGCGCACAAAGGUGUGGCCGCCAGGCGAGCCACUAAGCUGGCCGAGCUGGUGGGCUGCGGAUCCUCCGGAGAGUGGCCCCUCAAGCUAGAGUGUUUACGUCAGAAGCCAGCCGAGGAUAUUGUGGCUUCACUUUACGACAUGUUUGUCUGGGACUUUGAUCCCAUGAUACCAUUUCCCCCGGUGAUUGAGCCUGAGCAUGAUGAUGCAUUCCUGACAGUGCCGCCGCGUCAGGCGCGCGAACCGCAUGGACUGGAGCUGCCGCUGCUGGUGGGCGCCACCGCCGAAGAGGGGCUGCUGAAGACAGCGGCCUUGCUCAAUUUGCCGCAGCUGAUGGACGACUUCAAGUCCCAGUUCGAACAGGUGCUGCCCGUGGUGCUCAACUACGAUCACCACGAGGAUUCCGUGCAGCAGCAGAUAACGAAGCGCAUCGAGGACUUCUAUUUCAAGGCAGGCCACGACUACGACAAGUCCAAUCACCAGAACCUGACCGAUCUUAUUUCCGAUGGAUGGUUUGUAGCUGGCAUCGAUGAGUAUUUGCGUCUUCGCCUGGCCGAACGUGCAGGCCCCACCUAUGUGUACCUGUUCGAUCACAAGGGCGCCGCCAGCUUCUCGGAGAUCUUCAAGGGGGAGCGCAACGAGUUCUACGGAGCCUGCCAUGCUGAGGAGUUGCAGUAUCUCUUCCCCAUUGGCCGGGAGCUGUUCGUGAGUGCGGUGCCCACACGCAAGGAUCUGGAGCUGCGGGAGCUCAUGCUGAACCUGUGGGUCAGCUUCGCUCGAACGGGUAAUCCAAAUCCAGCAAAUGCCUCAUUAAACCUGCCCGUAUGGAAGCCUUCGUCCAGCUAUCCGGUGGAGUUUGUUCGUCUGGGCACCAAGGCUGACGAGGCAGCCGCUGCGCCGCUAUUCCGAAUUGAGGCUGAGUUGAUGCAGCAGCGCGUCAAUUUCUGGCGCGAACUCCAGCCGCACCUUCCCGCCACCCAGCAGCACAAUGAGCUAUAAUCCAAUGAUUCCAUCUGUAUAUUCCACCGCAAGUUAAAGAAGACAAGAAAUUUAUAGUUACAAAUAUCACCAUUGAAAACAUACAUUUGCCAACAUAACGGCACAUAGAUGCUGCCACAUUGG